AUGUAUUGCAGGCAAGAGAGCAUUCUUAUCGAGCGCGAACUUACAAAUGUCCCUUUGUCGUUCCUUUGCAGUAAUGUAUUCAUCCCUCUAAGAUUUCCGUGUUCAGGCUCAGUUGUGGUGGAUGUGGGCUGUGCACCAGGGUCGUGGUGUCAAGUUGCGAACGAAUUUGUUAAUCAGCACAAAUACGACAACAAUGAUGAUGGCUACGUGCUCGGAAUUGAUCUGCAGCCCAUUUUGCCACUCAGUGGUGUUGAUCUAAUACAAUUGGCAGAUGUGAGAUCACCAAAAACUCAUCGUAUGAUAAAGGAACGUUUGAAAGACCGUUCAGUUGAUGUGGUGCUCAGUGAUAUGGCUCCGAAUCCGUCGGGCGAUAAAGCACUGGAUCAUGACCGAAUAGUAUCGCUGUGUGAAGAGCUGAUACGACUGUGUUGUGAUAGCGCGACAAACAAUGAUGACAAACCUAUAAUUCCGCUGAAGCGGGGUGGUACUUUAUUGUGUAAAAUUUGGGAUGGACAACGAAAAAGUGAAUUGAUCGAGUUGUUGAAAACAAAAUUCACCAAUGUUGCAAACAUCAAACCGAACGCAAGUCGUGAUCAUAGUGCUGAAUUGUAUUUGUUGGCCAGAAAUCGAAAAUAA